CAGUUAACCUAAAUAUUAAAAUGUCCUUUUUACAGAUGUCUGAGGGAAAUCAAAGCGAAUGCGAUUGCAAAGUGAGAAUCGGUCAUUCGCUGAACGAGGCUGAAAUAAACCAUGUGACCAGCAGGAGAGAAUCAGCUCUGGAGUGUCUUAAAAAACACGGCAUACAGUGUAGCCUGGAGGAUCUGCCCAACAUCGCUGUGUUGGCUUCAGGAGGAAGUGAAAGAGCGAUGGUGGGUUUGCUGGGAUCACUGGUCGCUCUGUCUCAAGAUGAUCUGUUGGACUGCAUGCUGUAUCUUGCUGGGCUCUCUGGAUCUACCUGGUGCAUGGCGUCUUUAUACAAAGUACCAAAUUGGUCCAGCAAGCUGAAUAUAGUGAAGGAUGACAUCGAACAGAGACUUCUAAAUGGUGACGUCAGAUUCAAGGACAAAUUGUCGACACUCAAAAAAUACUACAGACAAAAAGACAAUUUCAGUCUGACAGACAUCUGGGCAGUGCUGGUUAUUAGCGAGAUUGUGAAAGAGAUAGAUAACUGUACUAUUACCAGUCAGAGGAGCCAACACAGCAAAGAUCCUUAUCCCAUCUACACCGUGACUGAUAUGCAGAGCAGAUAUGAUAAACUAGAAGCAGAGAAAUUUGUUGAGAUCACACCACAUGAGACUGGCUACUCCAUUAGUGGGGCCUUUGUAGAUACUUCCUGUUUCGGAAGUCAGUUUGACCAAGGGGUUAAAAUAAAAGGCCAGCCUGAGAUGGACAUGCUGUUCUUGCAAGGUAUGUGUGGUAGUGCUCUUGCUGACCUAGAAAAAAUACUGGAAGCACUGUUACAUUUCAUCAAAGACCUAAUGUUGCAUGAGUUGGACAUAAUGGGUGACCAAGCAUCUUCAGAAAUAAAUCAAACAGACGUUCACUCCCUCAGUGAUCCACGUGUGGACGAGGCUGGCAAAGUGCUUUUGACACUUGUGGAACUGAAUCUGCUGGUCUUAAGAGAGGAAGAACCUUCAUCUCACAUGCAAACUCUGCUGAUUGACUCACUGAGUAUCCAUCACAUUAUAUCACAUUAUAUCUAAAACAUUGAGUUACGUGGGUAUGAGAAUGAGAAACAUGCUUUAUUACUUUGAUUAAACCCACUUUAAAAUCCUGCCAACUUUAGACUCAGAUCCACUUCAAUGUGUUCAACGUGUGCUAGAAAUUCAGUGCAUGAUAUAAUUAUGCUAUGUAUUUCAGAAGAGCUGGACAAAGAAAACAAAGAGAAACUAAUCGCCAUGUCAAAACACAUGAAUAAGAAUAGCAUUAAGGAUUACACACAUUAUAUAUGCAACCUGCAAUCAUACUGGAAUCCGACAUGCAAAGAGAUAUGGACUAUCAUUGGUAAAUGCAUUGAGUUAGUUACUCUCUGGAUCUGGGGCACAACAUACAACUUUCUGUACAACAUGGCAGCGGAGAAGGUUCCACUUCCCCCCUCCAUCUUUAAAGAGGAAAAGAGGCGUUAUGUUGAUGCUGGGUUUGACAUCAACUCACCUUUUUUACCACUGCUGAGGAAAGAGAGAGACAUUGACAUCCUUCUCUCCCUCGAUUUCAGUGAGACAGAUCCAUUCGAGUCAUUGAUCAAAACCGUAGACAUGUGCAAAUACCUACACAUUGAUUUCCCUGAAAUCCCUGAAGUAUCAGAAGAGGAGAAAUCUGCUCCAAAGGACUUUUAUGUGUUCGAAGGCCCCAAUGCACCAACUGUAAUUCAUAUUCCUCUAUUCAAUAUCAAGAAUUGUGGUGAUAAAG